UCCACGAAAGAAAAACAAACCAAAAGUUGUUUCUUCUGAGAGAAAAUGGGGCCUCAUGUGAUUUCUUCAACUUUUCUUUCCUAUCUUUGCUUUGCUUUUGUUUUCAGUGUAGUCCACGUCCAUGCUAGUAACGGUUGGCUUAAUGCUCAUGCAACGUUCUAUGGGGCAAAUCAAAGUCCCUCUACCCUUGGGGGAGCUUGUGGCUACGAUGAUACCUUUCAUGCUGGGUUUGGUGUGAACACUGCAGCAGUGAGCACUAUGCUUUUCAGAGAUGGUGAGGUUUGUGGUGCUUGCUACCAAUUAAUGUGUGACUAUAGGGCAGACCCAAAGUGGUGCCUUAUUAGCCGCAGUGUGACAGUAACCGCCACUAAUUUUUGCCCUCCAAACAACCAUGGAGGGUGGUGUGACCCUCCUUACCAUCACUUUGACAUGUCUAUGCCUGCUUUUCUUCGUAUUGCACGACAAGGAAAUGAAGGCAUUGUUCCUGUCCUUUAUAGAAGGGUGGCAUGCAAAAGAAGAGGUGGAGUGAGGUUCACAUUGAAGGGGCAAUCCAAUUUCAACAUGGUGAUGGUAUCCAAUGUGGGAGGGAGUGGGGAUGUGAAGGGUGUGUGGAUCAGAGGGUCCAGAAGUGGAGCAUGGCUGCCAAUGCACAGGAACUGGGGAGCCAACUGGCAGAGCAGUGCAGAUCUCAGAAACCAGAGACUCUCAUUCAAGAUCACAUUGGUUGAUGGGAAGACACUGCUGUUCCUCAAUGUGGUUCCCUCCACUUGGACCUUUGGACAAACUUUUUCAUCCAAAACUCAGUUCUUCUAGCUGCAGUGACACACAUUAACAUACAUUUCCACAUCCAUGCUACUUUUAAAAGCCAGGAGUGGAGGAUAUAUAUCAUCUCAGUAUCAUACACUUUCUUCAAUUCUUAAUUGAUAUUGUUUCAGAGAAUUCAAUAAUGCAGUAGUGCUAUGAACAUGUGUUCUGCUGCAUCAGUAGAGUCAAAUGCGUGUUUGUAAAUGCUCCAAUUUUUGGGAGUGUUAUGCUAUGUUAAGUCUUUGUCAUUUCAA